UUUGUAUAUGUACACUUUCAACCCACCCUUCACACUAUCGAUGUUUUGACUAUAAAUAGCAUACAUUGUACAUGGACUUCUUCAGUAGUCGUUGUGUGAGUCUCCCAGCACGACCUUUAACAACCGGCUAUCUCGAGUGUGUUAAUACAUGAUCAAUAUUUUGUGAAAAGAACUACCAGGAAAUAACUACAGUGAUUGAAACACGUGCACGAAAAAGCCCGCUUUGACAAAAGGAACACCAUGCAACCGACGAAAGCAGUCGUCGCUGCUGUGCUCGUCCUUAACAUAGCUGUUGGAAUCGCAGUGAUUUGUGUUGUGGCAACUGCUGCAACACUCUGGAACACUGCCGAGGAGUUGAAGAAGCAGAUCGACGAAAUUUAUGAUGAUCAUCAACAGACUCUGCACCAUCCCCGUGGUGAACAACAGACCACGUCACUAGAAUAUCGGAAUACUCUGAAACCCAUCGCAUUUCUGACAGGACUUAACUUCGGCGAAAACGACGAAGAUACACCUACAAACACUGCAGUACGGAAUUGGAUAGAUUUCGUUGGAUCAGUGCAAUACUUGCACAAGAACAUGGAGUAUGAAAACGGAAGUGUUUCAAUCCCAACCGCUGGAGUGUAUGUCGUCUAUUCCCAUGUAAAAUUUUACACAGAAAAAAAUCAUCGCGUUGAUCCCGAGCUCGAUUUCCAUCACAGCAUAACACGAUACAAUGCUGUGUCGCAACAGACAGAGACUGUAUCGGGGAACAUCGUGUGUGAGAACAAGAACAAUGUCAUUGACGGAGCAAGUCUGGAAUACUCCAGUGACAUCCACAGUUUGGUGCAGCUGAAUGCUGGAGACCAGGUGAUAGUAAAUGUGUCGCAUUUGGAACUGUUAAAGCCUGACAAGGAUUGGCAUUAUUUUGGAGUCUAUAUGAUUUAAAUUUUCUUUUCAAGGCAAUCCAGUGGUUGUCAACGUUUUAAAAUAAAUUCAAAUGGUGUAUAUUCCGUAGUGCAUUUAGAUGUGUCAAGGUUUGAAAUGAAAUUCAAAUUACGUAUGAUGCCUAAUGCUUUAAGAUGCGUACAUGAAUAAAUAUGGAACCAAUGUAUAUUUUCACAGACAUGAAUAUAUAUACUGACACACUUGAAAA